AUGGUUGUAAAAACUCGAAGUAAAACUCUAACAAAAUUUACAAACAAACGUUCUCUCCAUCCAUCCGAUGACUUGGAAGAAAGCCACUUGCUUGCCGAUGAUGAAUUUGAUGAUUUGAUUCAUUCCGAAUCUUCACAACAGCUACAACAACAACAACUCCUUUCAUCAUCAACCACCACCAAUAGGAAGAACAAGCAACCAACCGAACGAAAGCCUCGAGUAGCGAGAAGAAAACGUGCAUGUUCCAAGAAGUCUUCCAAAGAUCAAGAUGAAGAAGCCUCUUCCUCUGGUGAUGAUGAUGAUCGGGAUGAUGAAAUGAAUCUAUCCUUUGAUGAAGAAGAUGAUUUCAAAACUCGAAACACUGUUCAACCAACCAAAAAACCUCAAACACGAUCCUCGACUCGGUUAGCACAUGAACAACAACAACAACACCAACCAUCAUCACCCAUUGUCAUUUCAUCGAAUUCAGACUCGGAAAGACCCUCACGAAUGAUGCAUCACAAAAAGAGAAAAAUUCAAUCCUCGUUUACCAUCAAACCUCCAACUCAUGAUCAUGAAAGAAGUAAGCUGGAGCUAGUGGUUGAAAUAUUACGAGAAUUGUCACAGAAUGCGAAAUGUUGUUAUGAAAAGUAUCAGACGGGUAUUGUUUCCUAUUGUCAAUUUUUGGUGAACAUGAACAAGCUUUAUCAACACAUGUAUCGAGAGAAGACAGGAAUAUCAUUGAUUGGUUUUCGUAACUUUUUACACAAAGCUUUGAGCGUAGAGGAGGUUCAAGAUAAACCUGUUAAGCUUCCACAUGGAAAGGCUCUCCACACUGCAGUAUUUAAUUGCGCUAUGCACCGACUUCCAUCGAUUGCUUUUGCAUUCAUUGGAACCAGAACUUUUUCCACAGAACCUUUCAAAGCAUUGAUGAAGAAAGGAAAUGCGUUUAAGUUCUAUUCUUACAUUGAAUCGAUUUACAAUAGCGUAGAAUUGAACGAAUUUAAGCAACGACCUGAAUAUUGUCAACUUGAUAGUCUCAGACCUAACAUUAGUGACGAAACCAUGAGAAAAUGGAAGGAAUUGAUUCUUAAUCCGUCACCUACAAAUGAUGAAAUAGAAUUGAUAGAAAAUGCUCAACCAAUUAUCCAUCCAAUCCAAGAAGAACUUGUUCAAGAGCCACAGUCCCAACAACAACCUUCAAACCAAGUUGUCAACUCCGCAACGCAAAAUGAAAUUGUGCUCUCACACGAUUCAGUACUGGAAAGCUCAACACCUCCACAUUCGAAUAUUCCUUUUGAAGCAACAGGUGAAUUGUUUAUUCCUCAACCACAACCACUUGCUGACGAUGAAAUAUCAUAUAACUUUGAUGAAGAUUUAGGUCAAUCGGAGGCAGAGAAAGAAGAGCCUCAACAACGAAGAGUUAGAAUUUCUGUGAUAACACCACACUCUCUGAGAUUACGAGAAAAGAUUUAUAGAAAACGAGCUAAACAUGAAAGACGACUAACAAUGUAUGAUGUGACAACAUCAGAAAACUAUCACCCUGUUUCACAUCCUCGCCGAAAAACACAUCUUGCCAACACCAGACUCCGACGACGUGUCAGUAGUCAGCAAAUUGUCACAAGACCAAGUACUGAAACUGUAGUAGCUGUUCGUGACGAGGAUACUGAAACCAUUCAAGCAUCUAGUUCAACCCUCUCUGUUGCUCAAGGCACAAUUAUUUCUGGAACUAUUCAAGCAAUUGGUGAAGAGAUUGUUCGUGAUCUUCAAAAGUAUCCAACUGUUUUUCCAUCUCCAAACUUGGAAUUGAUUCAAAUGAUGUCAACCCUUGCACAAGUAUAUCAAACCAAACCUGAGUUGUGUCGAAACGUGUUAAGACUUUUAGAGUCAGAGAAUGGAGCUGAUCUACAUCACACUUCCUUCCUCUCACAACAAGUAGAUGAGGAACAAGAGUUCUAA